CUCCUCCUCCUCCUCCUCCUCCUCCUGCUGUCCCAGGCUCUGGAGAGCGAAGGGGCAGAGCCCGGCGGGGGGUGCGGCCCCCGCAGCCGCGGGUCCAGGGCGUUCCCCCCCCGCAAGGAACUCCCCGGGAAAUCCCGGCCAUUCUCCCUUCUCCGCCCUUCCCGGGAAGUUAAAGGGAAGAGCCCGGGAUGGUUGAGAACUCUCCGGCCCCGCUGCCAGAAAGGGCAAUUUAUGGAUUUGCGCUUUUUUUGGGCUCGUGGUUUGGCUUCAUUUUGUAUCUUAUCUGGGCUUAUAUUCCUGAGACUUGGCUCUUCUCCCUGGGACUGACAUACUGGCCUCAAAAGUACUGGGCAGUUGCUCUGCCAGUUUAUCUCCUGGUGGCUGUGGCAAUUGGUUAUAUUUUGCUUUUUGGCAUUAACAUGAUGAGCACAGCUCCACUCAACUCCACUCACACCAUCACAGAUAACUUUGCAAAAAAGCAGCAGCAGAAGAAAUUCCAAGAGGAGGCAAUUCCAGCCCUGAGAGAUAUUCCCAUCAGUGAAGUCAACAGGAUGUUCUUCCUCCCUGAAAAAGGCAUCUGCAACAGCAGAUAGUUGUUAUUAAAAUCUGUUUGGACAAAGGAAUAAUAAAACUUAAGAGUUUUGUUCAUGAAAACCUCUCCAAGCUACAAAUAAAAACUCUUCCAGCUUUUUUCCCUUGAAUUUCUAAUUAAAUUUGUUAUUAUUGUUGUUGUUAUUCUUAUUAUUAUUAUACACCUUAAUAACCUGCACUGCUCUAAGAAUUAUGCCCCAAUAAUUUAUCUGGUUAUUCUUUAAAAAUUAAAAAAGUGGGUUUGAAAAGUGUUCUGUUACUUGCAGCUUUUCUGCUUGGAAUUCCCCUCUGAGAGGGGAAAAAAGCAGUUUUUAGGCAGAGUUUAAUUCUAUUUCUCUUGGAAUUCAGGGAGAAAAAAUGUGCUUUGCCAGUGAAACAGUUGAGGAUCUUUUUCAAUUAUUAACUGGAAAUGUUUGCAUUGUAAAUACAUAAUUUGCCUUUGUAAAUAUUUAUAAAAUGUUGCUGAUUUUUCCACCCUCA